CAUCAUCUCACGAGUCCUGACCCACAACAUUUUCCCGGAAAAUACGAGGGAAAAUCGACUUACAGAAUCCCAGCCAAUACUCACUUUUGUACUAACCAGACGGUUUAAGUUAAUCCCACUCUUGGAACAGACACGUAAACAGCCUACUACCUUUUUCUCUGUACGAAAUCCUCCUCGUCUUUACCAUCUGCCAUGACUAAGUAAGCGCAUAAGUAAGCGAGUAAAGCUCGAAGAUGGGGGCGACGCUAUCGGGCUUGGAGUAUGGGACGAAUGGGUCGGCCAUGGGUCCGGGGUUGGGGGACAUACCGGAGAGCUGCGUGGCGUGCGUGUUUAUGUACCUGACCCCGCCGGAGAUUUGUAACCUGGCUAGGCUGAACCGGGCCUUUCGCGGCGCGGCGUCCUCGGAUUCGGUAUGGGAAAGGAAGCUGCCCCCUAACUACCAAGAUCUGCUCGAUCUGCUGCCCCCCGAGAGGUACCAGAACUUGUCGAAGAAGGACAUCUUCGCUCUGCUUUCCCACCCCGUGCCCUUCGAUCAUGGCAAUAAGGAAGUGUGGCUGGAUAGGGUGACGGGAAGGGUUUGCAUGGCUAUAUCCGCUAGAGGCAUGGCGAUAACUGGAAUUGAGGACCGGAGAUACUGGAAUUGGGUUUCUACAGAAGAAUCUAGGUUCCAUAUUGUGGCCUAUUUGCAGCAAAUAUGGUGGUUUGAAGUCGAUGGGGUGGUCAAGUUCCCUUUUCCCGCUGGUAUCUAUACCCUGUCAUUCAGGCUUCAUCUUGGAAGGUUUAGCAAAAGGCUGGGACGACGUGUGUGUACUUUUGAGCACACGCAUGGUUGGGAUAUAAAGCCAGUACGAUUGAAUUUUUCUACUUCGGAUGGCCAGCUGGCAUCAUCUCAGUGCUGUUUAGAUGACACCGAGCAAGACAAUCAUAAGCGGGGAUGUUGGAUAGAUUACAAGGUUGGUGAAUUCAUUGUUAGUGAUUCCGAGCCUGCGACUGAAGUCAGAUUUUCCAUGAAACAGAUAGAUUGCACACAUUCUAAAGGUGGGCUUUGCGUGGAUUCUGUAUUUAUUAUUCCCACUGAUUUAAAAAAACAAAAAAGAAGAGGGGUUUAGAAGUAGCCAUAUACUCGACAGUGAGGUUGUUUAGUGCUGUCAGUGAUCCCAAGAGGACAUUAGAUGUGAUUUAAUCAUACAGCUUAUACAUCUGAAAGGCAUUUGUUGUUUUAAAGAAUGUAAUCUUUUGUAGGUUUUUGUAGUACGUAUGUGUUCUCUAACUUUUGUAUUCCAUUUUUGUCUACUAUGUAUACCUUUGCCUUGCCCAGCCAAAAGAUUAAGAAAUCCUAUGCUUAUUUC